ACCACGCCUUUCAUUCCCACCCAAACCAAUUGCUUGCUAUCUUUUCUUCUCUCUUCCCUGCUCUCUUUCUCUUCUGCAAUAAAACAAACACCUCCACCUCAUCCAAAAUUCUCAUUCAGAAUUUUUCACAAACAGCUUGUGCGCAUCGUCUCCAUCGCUCCAAAGGUUUAUAGUAGAAUACUCGAUCAAAGAGGUUGUAAAUUUACCAGAAAGAGAGAGAGAGAGAGAGAACUUUCUUUCUUUUGUUUUCCAUGGCGUCGUUUAUUUCAAACUUGGAAUCCAAUCUAGAUGCCUCCAUAGAUUCCAACCGCAAAAAGAGAAGGAAAAUCGAAGGUCUCUCAACGGAGCAACGUCCAUCUCUUAAUUCCGAAACCCGAACUGCCAGAUGGAGAUCCGACACCGAGCAGCUGAUCUACUCCUCCAAGCUUGUCCAAGCUCUCCGCCAAGCUCGUACGAAUUCUUCGCCAGCGGAGAAGUUCUCCGGCACUAGACGCGUGAGGGACACCGCCGACCGAGUUCUCGCCUUGGCGGCCAAAGGUACAACCCGAUGGAGCCGAGCGAUUCUGGCCAGUCGACUCAGGUUGAAUAGAAACCUCCAUAAAAGGAAACAUAGGAAGGCCAAGGUGUCAAGGCCUAACAGGUUACCGAAGACGGAGGUGAGGAAGUUACCGCCCAUGCAGAAGAAAGUCCAAGUUCUCGGCCGGUUGGUUCCCGGUUGCCGGAAACUUUCUUUCCCGAACCUUCUAGAAGAAGCCAGCGAUUACAUAGCUGCUUUGGAGAUGCAGGUGCGCGCCAUGACCGCUCUCACCGAGCUUCUCGCCGGCACGCCAAACUCCACUCUAAUAAACUCCUCCUCCUCCUCCUCCUCGAGCUGACCACCCAAAAAAAAAAAAAAAAAAAAGAAAAAGAAAAAAAAAAUCUACCGCCGGAGCUGGGCUUCGUUGUGCCAGGUGGCUCUUUAUUAUUUUUAUUUUUUUGAAAAUAUUUUUAUUUUUAUUUAUGAAGUUUUUAAUUUUUUUUUUUUUUUUUUUAAGACUCAUGUAUUUUAUUUGUAUACACGCCUUUUUCCUUCUUUUCAGCUCCACUAUCCCUAUUAUUUAUUUAUUUA